AUGGCUCUACCAACGCCUCUUCUCAUCUCCCUCAUCCUCCUCCCCUCUCCCUCCACUGCCAAUGAGGGCAACAUCCUCGCCACUGGCGAUAUCCUCCCCACGGACGGCCAGCUCUCCUACAAAGACGCCGCCUUUGUCAUUCAAGAUGACUGCAAUCUCGUCCUCUACACAGACGAACUUCCCAACGGCUUCCAGUCCGCAACCAAUGGCUUAGGCACCAACUGCACCCUGACCCUCUCCGAUCACGGCCAACUCCUCAUAAAAAACGGCCAAGGCUUAGAGCUAUGGUCCUCUCCCGGCGGAACCAAGAAGGGCAAAUACGUCGCUGUUCUCGGCCCUGACGGCGUUCUCAACGUCUUCGGACCCUCGGUUUGGUCUACCCCUCGUUACUCAUCUCCAUCCGCCAUUAUCGACGGCGAGUUGAACGACUCACCUUUGGUGCGCAACGUGUUGUUUUCCUCGCAAUUUCUCAUGAACGAGAACUCGAAGCUGACGAGUAGAGACUACACUUUGGAGAUUACAGAGGAUUGUAAUCUUGAGUUUCGUAAGGCAUCGGUGGGAGUGGUGUGGCAGAGCGAGACUAAGGGGAAGGGGAAGCAUUGCUUGGUAAGUUUGACAAUCGCGGAAGGAUUGCAGUGGUUGAUGACCGGGACAAGGUUUUGUGGUGGAGCAAGCCGGCGAGGGUCGACGGAGAUUAUGUUCUUGUUGUUCAGAUAA